AACUUCAAAUUCUUAUUUUAAUGCAAAUUUCAAUUUUUUAUUGUUUUUAAAUUUUCAGCUUAAAUAAAACCAAAAACUGAAAAUCAUAUAAAUAAAGAACUCUGAUUUCUCUAUUUAAAAAUAGUAAACAUUUUUUUGAAAUUGCAUUUUUUAGUUUCGUAUGACAUAAGAAUCAGCUGUCCAUGAAUAAAUGGGAUAGUGCUACAUAACCAACAAAACAUCUUUGCCUCUGCUUAACCUCGCAGAAAAUGGCUCUUUUCUUGAAUACCAUAAUCCGCCGGUCAGUUUCCAAUAUAAAAGCCAAUUCUUUUCGAAUUUUCGGUGGCACUUUAAGUCAAAAUAGUGCAAUCGUUAAAACACAAAUCGCCACUAAACUUGCACCCCCACAAUCCUCUGCAAAUUUGUGUUCCAAAGCAUUUGAUGUGAGUACGAAUGUUGCCAAAGAUGUCAUUCUCUUCAAAUAUGAGAACCCAAAGUUCUAUAAAAUGUUGAAUGCCUUUGCGAUAGUUCAAUUCCUCUUUUGGAAUUAUCUAUCACACUCUGCAUUUACAACACUUCGAGAUGCUCCGGUGGAAGAGGCUGACGAAGACGCCCCAUGGUAUCGACAGAUAAAUUUGGGUGAAAACAAAUACAGAAAUGGCAUCACAGUUUCUUGCUUUUUGAUUGGCUAUGGUGUCUUGACUGUUGCAUGGAUGUAUACUCUACGAUCAGUGCGGUUUUUGGUUCUAAGGAAAGGUGGCACUCAACUAAGUUUCGUCACCUAUGGACCUUUCAAUAAAAAUCGCAUCAUCACUGUGCCCAUGAAUUGUGUCUCAGCAAUGGAGUCUCGAGGCACUGCUCGGGUUCAAUUGCCAAUAAAAAUAAAGAACAAAAGUUUCUACUACGUCCUGGAUAUGCGAGGUGAAUUCAAGAAUACCAAAUUGUUCGAUUACUCCGCUGGCUUGAGUAGGAAGCUUUAGAAUUUAAGUUAAUAAAAAGUCUCGUUAUUACAAAAGUUAAA